AUCAAAUAAUAGAAAAUUAUAGUACCAAACAAAUAUUUUAAUUUUAAAAAAAUUAUAACGAAAAAAAAAACUGAAGGUUAGUAAGAAUUGGAGAAUAGUUCUCCUUCAUUUUCGGUCCAUGACUGUUCUCUCGAUCCAUCAUCGUUCCUUUUCUUCGAAAACCAAAUCCAUUUCCCUUGUUUUGAAGAUUAGAGUAAGAGAUUGAGAUUGAGGUUGAGAUUCAUUAAUCAUUGAAAAGAAAAAAAGACAUACGUGAUCAUGGAAAAAUCCACAAGUAAUUCAAAAGAUGGGAAUGUGGGAACUCCUAAACACGGCCAUGAAAAUCCUGAUCCUAAAUCUGAAUCUGAAUCUCAGCUCGCCGGAGAAAGUAAGACAGAGGAGAAGGACAAUGUUUGUAAUAAUGCCGAGGAAAAUCGAGCUGCCAAUUCCGAUUCCCAUAUGAAUCACAAUCAGAUUCUGGAAGACGUUGAUCGAUUCUUUCAGAGUUUGAACCAUUCAGAUGUGCCGGGAGAAGCUCCAAACUCGGUGGAGCUACUCUGUAAAAUGACGGAGUCCAUGAUCGAUAAAUAUAACGAAGGACAGAGCAGUCUCAUCAAAUUCGGCAAAGACCCAGAAAACGACACGUCGUUUUCGGAUGCGUUGAGACGAGUAUCCAAACUUUCGAACGAGUUGGGGAAAUACCCUGUUUUCAAUGCUAGUGUGAACAGAGCAAGCUCUGUUCUUCAGAGAGCAAUGUCGUUUUUAGAAGAAGAGUUUCGUGCUCUUCUUGAGGAUUCGAAAAACGACAAUAAAGAUUCAUCAUCCUCCUCCUCGGAUCCUAAAUCCCAGGAUAAGACUUCGAAACAAUCUUCGUUCAACAACAACAACAAUCAUGAAUAUUCCGAUCGUUGUGUUAUAGGUGGCGAUUCUGAUCAACAACAACAAUCUGGUCAGGCUUCAGAGGAGGAGUUUCCCGGAUUCUCUCAAGAAACUGUUUCGAAACUAAACACGAUCGCUAACACCAUGAUCUCAGCCGGAUACGACACCGAAUGUUGUAUGGCUUAUAGUAUCUCUAGGCGAUCUGCAUUCAAAGCAGCCCUGGAGAAACUCGGCUACGACAGCAUUAGCAUCGACGACGUACAACGCAUGCAAUGGGAAUCGCUCGAAGGAGAGAUCGCCACGUGGAUCACGAUCGUCAGGCAAUGCACCGCCGUACUCUUUCCCAACGAGAUGAAGCUCAGCGACUCUGUCUUCUCUGACCACCCUUCAAUCUCCCAGAGCCUCUUCAGCAACAUGGCUCGUGCGUUUGUCAUCAAGCUUCUCGAUUUUGCGGAGGCUGUGGUUCUAACCAAGCGCUCCGCAGAGAAACUCUUCAAGUUCCUCGACAUGUACGAGACCCUCCGGGAUCUCAUUCCGGUAAUCGGCGGAGAAUCGUACCCGCCGGAGAUAUCUAAAGAAAUGACCACAGAAGCUACUACGGCCAAAAGCCGGCUGGGGGAGGCUGCAGUCAGCAUCUUCUGCGACCUUGAAAACUCAAUCAAGAGCGACAAUGGAAGAACUCCUGUCCCAAGUGGGGCAGUCCAUCCCCUGACUCGUUACGUUAUGAAUUACCUAAAAUACGCCUGUGAGUAUAAAGACACGUUGGAACAGGUUUUCAAGCAAUGCCACAAGGUUGAGGACGACAAUGUGGAUCAUCCAGUUGAACAGAGCGCUCAUCAUUGGUCGCAAGGUGAUGAAACAGGGGAAUCCCAAACGACACCUUUUUCGAAACAGCUGAUGUCGAUGAUGGAUCUGUUGGACUCUAAUUUGGAAAUGAAAUCGAAGCUGUACAGAGACCCAUCAUUGAGCUAUGUUUUCUUGAUGAACAACGGAAGAUACAUUGUUCAAAAGAUCAAAGGUUCAAACGAGAUUCACCAACUGAUGGGAGAUACAUGGUGUCGGAAGAGGUCUUCGGAUUUGAGACAGUACCACAAGAACUACCAGCGCGAGACUUGGGGGAAAGUGCUGCAGUGUUUAGCCCACGAGGGGCUUCAGGUGAACGGUAAGGUUUCGAAGCCAGUACUGAAAGAGAGGUUCAAGAGUUUCAAUGCCAUGUUCGAUGAGAUACACAAGACACAAUCCACUUGGGUUGUGAGUGAUGAUCAGCUUCAGUCUGAGCUUCGGGUUUCGAUUUCGGCUGUUAUGAUACCGGCUUACAGGGCUUUCUUAGGGAGGUUUAAGCAGUAUUUGGAUGCCGGAAGACAAGCAGAGAAGUAUAUUAAGUAUCAACCUGAAGACAUUGAGACAUUUAUUGAUGAACUGUUUGAUGGGAAUGCUACGUCUAUGGCUAGAAGAAGAACAUGAUCCUCAUGAUCAUGAUAUGAUGAGAUGAGGCAUAGUUCAUAAUUGUGUUUGGUUGGUCCCAUGUCAAGAUUACAAGGUUUUUUUUUUAUUAUUAUUAUUAUUACUUCGAACGAUUGGUUCUCGAAUAAACAAACUGGAUUGAAACAAUAUUGAAUCUCCGUUUGUUUCAUAAUUUCA